AACUUAUUGUCUGCAUCGCACAACUUAAAAUAAUGGAAAUUAAAACACGCAAAAAGUCACUCAGAAAAGAACUGAAUAUUGUAGUGAAUUCACUGCCGCAAGAAGAAAUAAAGAGGCAAUCCAAAAUAUUGUCACAACAGGUUUUACAACAUCCUCAGUACAUAGAUGCCAGAUCAGUCUCAAUUUAUCUAAGUUUUGACAAGGAGAUUCAAACUGCAGAAAUACUGGAAGACAUCUUCAGAUCUGGAAAGACCUGCUUCAUUCCCAGAUUCUGUGUUGGAACAUCUGAAAUGGAAAUGAUAAAACUUCAUUCCUUGGACGAUUAUGACAAUCUGCCAAUGAACAAAUGGAAUAUAAAACAACCGCCUGAUGAUGAUAAUGAAAGGAUUAGCAUCUUUGACACAGAAAAUCUGGAUUUGGUUCUGAUACCCGGCCUAGCAUUCACCAAAAAUGGUAAGCGUCUCGGACGAGGAAAAGGAUAUUAUGAUCGCUUUCUUGCUAAAUGCUUCAGAAAAUUUAAGACACGUCCAUUCACACUGGGUCUUGCAUUCAGAGAACAAAUUGUAUCAGCUAUCCCAACAACUGACACAGAUGUAAUCAUUGACCAAGUUCUGUGUAUAGACGACUGAGCCACCCACGGUUUCUCCUAAGUGGCUGUACAAAUGAGCCUGCCACAUAUCACACACCUGUUUAUAUUCAGAUUAACAACCAUCUAGAACUUGGAGGAAGUGAAUGUGAAAUGCUGGAACCACAGACUAAAUGCAGGCAUCACAAAUGCAUUAGUUAAAAUUGUUUCCUUUUCCUGACUGAGGAAGAAAAAGGUGACAAUACUUUGAGGUUAAGACCGACAAUUUUAAUAUAUUUGAAAACUUUUCAUAUUUUUAAAGAAAAUAUAUCAGGACUCUGUACAGUGCAUACUACCAUCAAAAAAAGUGCUGGUUAAAAUGAAAAUUCACUGUAAUGAAACCAUAUUCUGUCAUAUCUACUCACAUUUAUAACCAUUACUUAAAGCAUUAUUCAACUCUAUUGCAACAUUAUCAACACAGAAUUAUAACUAUUACUUAAUACUCUAUUUGAAACUCCUGCUUAUCCACUCCCAAUAACCUGUAUUCAACUUGCUGUUUGACUCUGCUGCAGCCUGAUACACUCACAUCAAUAAAAAUUACCAAAGGACUGCUGCACUCGUCCACAUAUAAUGACAACCUUACUUAACAUGCUGUUCAACACUACUACAGCAUUAUUCAUUCAGAGAUGAAAUGAAAAUUGAAUACAAAUUCAUGUCAGUAUGAAUCACACAGCAUUUAACUGUGACAGUUCUUGGCCUUAACAUUUUUAUGCUCCUAUCAAGAAUAAAUGGUAGCUCUCAGCCAAAGGCAAGCUGUUACUGGCUGGUUUUUGGGGACUUUCUAAUAUAUAUCAAGUGGUAUGCUUAGUAGAGUUGAGCCUUCACAUUAUAUUAUAAGAGUUAGGUAUUAUGAACAAAUCUGUUGAGAAACUCCAAGUUACAUCCAUCACACUGCAAACUUACACAUUCCUGUUACAGACAGUUUUAAUCGUUAAUUUGCUACAAACACAGCCACUUACUUUCUUUAUACUCUCUAAUACUUUCUUAAUACUGCAUUGAAAUCAAUAAAUAUCACUGUCAUGAACAGGUUCCACUGUGUUUCUUUUGCACUUUAUCACAGAUACUUCCAGAAUAUAAGUACUUAAAGAAAUAAUUUUGUUAAAAAUGUGUACAUCAUACAUAAUAUUCUGAAAUAAAGUGGAAUGUAUAAAUCA